AACGGAAAACUGGGCGCAGCGAGUUAUGAUUUUCGAGAGAAAUCGGUUUGUCUGUACGAGGAAAUGCCGGACGUGGCUCCUCAGCAUUUGGUAACUGCCACUCUCUACCGAGAAGUAUCGCCGAAAGAUCAGAAAUUCCGCGACAGAAACAUUCACGACCUCCAGCAAUGGACAACAACCGGAAAAUUUGUUUCUUGUGUCAUUGAACGAUUACCGUAAGUUUCAUAUUUGAUUUUUUUUACCCGAUCUUUUGGUUAGUUCAACUCUAUAGGCACGCGAUAGAAAGGUGAGGUAUAUUUUACAUUAGAAAAAGAAGGCUGGUAAAGGAGGAGAAUAGAGUUUUCUCCUUGGUCAGUCAUUUUAUUCGGAGAUUUUUGUUGAAUUUGUUUUGUAAAUAUUUGUAUAAAAUGAAAUGUAUAGUAUUCUAACUUAAUAACUUACAAAUUGUAGUAAAAAGAACGGUAUGCAUUUUUCAGCUGUAUUAUUUCAAACUAGGGUUGUGAUAUUUAGCUAGAUAUGUAUAUUUCACCGUUUUGAAAAAGGCAAAUUUUAUUUUUAUGUUUUUGAUCCAAAUAAAACCAUGCUUUUAUCUGGGUUAUAAGGACAACAAAACCAAUAUGUGAAGAAUACAAUAAUAUUUCCCCGUUUGCGCUCAAUAGGCGUAAGAGCAAUAAAACUACUUAAAAUCCUUAAUGUAAAUCAGAUACUAAUAAAAGUCUAUUUUGUGAUUUUUGACCACUUACCAUCUUUCCAGAAGUGUUAUUAUUCCUUUAUGACCGAGUAAAGGGAAAUGAAUGACACUUAAUGAAAGAGCAAUUAUAAGAUACUUACAUAGCGCCCUAUAAUAAUAUUGGUUUAGUUGAUCGCAUCAGUAUUUGUUGUUAAGCUGUUGAUAGUGGUGGGCCAAAUUGCAUGGAGGUGUGACAGAACGUGACUUCUCCAGUCUUUGUCAGAGUGACAAAUAGCAGUAAUUCUUUGGAGCAGUUUAACUUUGAUCAGGAGUUGCAGAACCAGCAGAAGGAAACUUGCCUGCAUGUUACUUCUAUUUUAAACCAACUGAAGCAGACUACUUUCCACCAUAAGCGUUGGUGUUCGCAGGCUUAUACUAUUAGUAAUAAAUGGCGUAUAAUCCACAGCAACGAAAAGAUUCUAAUUAUUCCCCACCAUCGGUGAAUGAAAAAAUUAUUAUUUUGAAUGUAUGUACAUAAUGAGUUCAUAAAAUAGUACUACCUGAAUUGUACUAUACAGAAACUAUCGAUCGAGUUGGAAAGUCCAGCGUUUUUAAUUUAUUGUGAAGCAUAUGACAUGUGCAGAAAGUUGGUUUCGAAGUUGAUUUUGAAGACAUUCCGACCAGAUAAAUUGGAAGAGGGAGACCCGAAACAGGAACUCUUAAUGCAUUCUAUCGUAAAUCCCAAUCACAAAUUGUCGGUACAAGCUUUCGGAGCCUUGUAUAAGUAUUUGGAAAAAAACUGGCGCUCUUUGGAGCCGCGCUACACUGAGUUUGUCUGCUUAAAUGUCAGUCAGGUGUCCAUGAAAAAUCACGUAUUUUUGGAUAGUGCUUCAUUCAGGGCACUUCAGAUAUUCUCAUCUCGCUCUCACGAAGCAGGUUUCAAAAGAGGCGACCCGUCGAGUAACAGGGAAGGACUAAGUCUCUAUAAAUUAUUUUCGACGCACUGCAAAUCAAAGAUUGGACUGGUACAGUUAAGGCAUAAUCUUUUAAUGCCGAUUAACGAUACGGAAGAAUUAACAAAGCGUUUAAAUUUUAUCAAAUUCUUGAUCCAACCGGCUAAUGUCGAUUUCGUCAAAAGUCUCCAGGACAGUAUAAAACAUCUGAGUGACGUCGGCAACGUUCUUAUAAAAAUUCAAAAUUCGCGGGCGAAAAACCGCGAUUGGAACGUUCUUUAUAUGACUAUUCAUCAUACAAUCUGCAUCAAUGAAAUAAGUAGUCCCUACAGAGGAAGGAGUCCGUUGUUGGCGGAACUGAACGAUGCAGUUACCGAAAAUUUAAUGGGCUUGCGGGAUUCGAUAUACAACGCCCUAGAUUUUAGGGCCGGCUCGAAAAGGGACAGGCCCGUACUGAAAUUUGGUCUCGACGAAAACUUGGAUGCGAAAUUCCUACGGCGGCAGGAUAUUGCGAAACACGUAACAGCCGCUGCUGGUUUGGCAGUGCAGGACUUGCCGGAUUAUAUAAACGAGUGUAAGAUCGUGUAUUUGCCCGAGAUGGGUCACCUGAUGGCGCUGAAGGAAUGGGAAUUGGGGUGUGACCCGGAGCAGCUGCAACACCUCGGGUUUCAGUUUAUGUUUUCACUCGGAGGUAUGAUACACUACAAGAAUCCGUUAUGUGUUGAAUUGGACAAAUGUCUUGGAGAUAUUAAUGCUGAAAUUAUCGACCACGAAAACCGAAUAAUACGGAGACUUUCUUCGUUCGCGAUUAAGUACGAAAGAGACAUCCGAAACCCGUUAAAAAUUAUAGGUUUAAUGGAUUGCCUAAUCGCCAUGGCAAAAGUGUCCCUCGACAACAACUUCGUUCCACCGGAGUUUAACAGAGACGGCGUACACGAUAUUGAGAAAUGCAAACACCCCUUGUUGGCCCAGGUUUUUACCAAUUUCGAGGAAAACAAUUUCGUCUCGAAACGGUCGGCGAAUUUAGUCAAAAUCAUAACUGGUCCGAACGGGAGCGGCAAAAGCAUUUACUUGAAACAGGUUGCGUUAGUCAUUUAUUUGGCGCACGUGGGAUGUUUCGUACCAGCGCAGAAGGCGAACGUAGGGCUCACGCGCAGCAUCCAUUGCAGGAUACAGACGGUCGAGUCGGCGGCUGUUCGGCUGUCCUCUUUUAUGAUGGAGGUCUCCCAGAUAGGACAGGCGCUUCAGUACGCGUCGUCGGAUUCCCUGGUACUCGUCGAUGAAUUUGGUAAAGGGACUUAUGACCAGGACGGUUUGAUUUUGUUGGCCGGUAUUCUCAAAACUUUUGUAAGUUCGGAAUCUUGUCCGCACAUUUUGGUCGCUACGCACGAAACGGACAUAGUGAAAUACCUACCGAAGACUCCGUUGAUCGAAUACUUUUACAUGGACUACAUCAAAAACAAGGGUGAACCAAUUUGUUUUUUGUAUAAGUUGGUUAAAGGGGUCGCCAGGAGUUUCGCUUUUGAGGUAAUUGAAAGCAUCCUGAACAAGGAAAUCGUGGAAAGGUGCAAAUUUUUCUAUAACCUUUUAAACGUAGAAUUACCAGAGUAGUAAGGAGUUAAUUUUUCAUUUUUUCUUCUGUUGCACUAAACUCAGUUAAAGAUA